AUGACCGUCCGCCACAGCAGCAGCUCGACCUCUGCCAUUGCCUACAAGGCGAUGCGCCGCCGUGCCACGCCGCUGCCCACGCACGACCUGCCCACGCCGUGGUCCGCCCAGGCCGCCGUCUCCAACAUCCUCUACGAGACCCCGACGCCUUCGAGCGCUCCGCCCAAGCGCCACGUGCUCAACUGCCUUGUCCAGAACGAGCCCGGAGUGCUGUCCCGCGUCUCGGGUAUCCUCGCUGCUCGCGGCUUCAACAUUGAUUCCCUAGUCGUCUGCAACACCGAGGUCGAGGACUUGUCGCGCAUGACCAUCGUCCUCACCGGCCAGGACGGCGUUGUCGAGCAGGCCCGUCGCCAGCUGGAGGAUCUCGUCCCCGUCUGGGCUGUCCUCGACUACACCAACGCCGCGCUCGUCCAGCGCGAGCUGCUCCUCGCCAAGGUUAACAUUCUGGGCCCCGAAUAUUUUGAGGAGCUUCUCAAGCACCACCGCGAGGUCACCGCCGAUGCCGAGGUCGCCGCCCAUAGCGAUGCCGAAGCGGGUGGCGAUGCUUCCCUUGCCGAGGCCGCCGAGGAUUUCCACCCCAGCAAGCUCGUUGCCAGUGAGGCUCUGCGUCACAAGCACGAGCAUCUCAAGACCAUCACCUACCUGACCCACCAGUUCGGGGGCAAGGUUCUCGACAUCAGCACCAACAGCUGCAUCGUUGAGGUCUCCGCCAAGCCCGUGAGAAUCGACUCCUUCAUGAAGCUCGUUUCUCCCUUUGGCAUCCUCGAGUCUGCGCGGACAGGUCUGAUGGCUCUACCUCGGUCGCCAUUGACGACAAGUGAGGAUGAGAACCUCGUCAUGGAAGCGGACGAGGUCGUCGAUGCCAGCCAGCUGCCUCCCGGUUAA